CUAGGUGCAGGUUUAUUUCACGCCGAGUACAAGAGGUAAAUUUCCGUUGAGAAUUCCACCUAAAUGCUAGAUUGCCUACGACGUAGCCGAUGACCUUCGCUGUCUCACUAUUCAUUCAUCUCCGAACUCUCCUUUGCCUGCCCGUGAAUAGAACCCGCCAAUACCAAAGCCUCAGCCUGACGAUUGCAGUAACUACUAGGCCUUGUCGCCUGUCACCAAUCGCUUAAGCUAUCUCACUGGGAUACUCCCCUCCGCUUCUAAAAACGUGUAGCUUGUGCUGUUGGCUAGCUACCAGGAGAGCGAGAAGACAAACACCAUGGAGACGAUCAAUACCAUGGCCAGUGCUGCCGCAAAAGCUGUCUGGGGUGAUUCUCAGUCUAGAGAGGAGCCAAUCUCAGGCGUCCAGGGGAACACCGCCCAAGGGGAACCUUACGAUGCCGGCAACAUGGAGCCCCAGAAAAUCCAGGCCGAUGCUGCUACUCCCAGGGUAGUGCCUGACGGCUCGAACACUGAUGUCCAUACGAACAAAACUCAAACUGAAAUAGUUGGCGGCACCGUCGCCAGUAUUUCCGAGAUCGACGAUGCCGAGCGAGAAUAUACGACGAAGAAGUCUAACCAGGCCGGCCAUGCCGGUGGUGACUCUAGAGAUGUAACGUCUCAUGUGAACAGGUCAGAGGUUGAGUCCAGCGUCUCCGCAUCGGGCCUAGAUACGCCGGACCCGCGUCCCUUCCAAACCACGCUCGGUGAACAUAAAACCAAGACAGACACCAACAUCGUGAAGGACGAUGCCAAGCACUACCAACUUUUCCAGGAGGCAAGCCGGGACGACGUGCGAAAUGCCACCGAAGACCAUAACGCCGGUGAAAGAUCAACGAAGGCCACAGGCCUUCCAGCUAAAGGACGACGGCUCGACGCAUCGGAGUCUGAGGCGGGAAACGAGACGGGUGGACUCCCACAAGAGGAUGGGCAUGCGUCCCUCAGCAGAGAGAUACAUAAAGACGGCCACGGCGGCAGUGGGAAAAGGAGCCUCAAGGAACGGAUUAAAUCAAAGCUUCAGAAGCACUAAGGUCCGCCAAGUUAGUGGUCCAAGAUCAAUUGAGACUACACCCAAGAGUUCGAAGUGCGUUGUCCGCUUUUGUCUAUUACGGAAUCCAUGUGCCCGCUUGGCUUGGGUCACCCGUGCUUCAUUCAAUCUCGCUCCGGAACGCUAUACAUGCACGAAAGGUUUUUAGCGACACUGAUUAAUAGCAAAUAAUGAGAUGAAAUUGUCAUAACCCUUCAUUCAUGUACACAGGGUUCAUAUACUGCCCGUGGGAGGAACAGGCCACACAACCUGAUACUAUAGCAACAGAUUC